GCCUUGAGUUUCACAAAAGGAUCCAAGCUGGUGAGGUUGUUGCAGAGAUAUGACCGGCAGACGCGGCUGUAGGAGGCAACGGACAGUCCAGGCGGUGAAACGAGGUAUGACGUAAUAAAGAGCUCCACCUUCAUCUACAAAGGAAUGUAUACAAGGACGCAGCAUUAUCAGGGAGAUGAUCCAUGGAAGCCAAGGAAGUGCCUGCUGCCCACCACUGCGCCGCAGACUCUGCCACUGGGGAUGAGCCCAGAGCCCGCCUGGGCACAGAGCUUAUCCCCAGGAGAGCUGUCAGCCGCUCUCCAACCUGCGCCCGCUGCCGAAACCAUGGCGUCACUGCGCACCUCAAGGGCCACAAGCGCCUGUGCCUCUUUCAGACUUGCGAGUGUCACAAAUGUAUCCUCAUCUUGGAGCGCCGAAGGGUCAUGGCUGCCCAGGUGGCCUUGCGUAGGCAACAGGAGGCACAGCUAAAGAGGCACCUGGCUCAGGGACUCAUGAGGAGAGGGGCGGCCCCUCCCAAAGCUCCUAGCGGUGCCAAGAAGGGAGCCACUCGACCAGGGGUCCCCUCUGGAAAGGAGAACAUAGCACCCCAGCCUCAGACGCCCCAUGGGGCAGUCCCACUGGCACUGACACCCCCUGGGAAGGAUAACUCCCAGGGGCCUCUGCUGCUCAGCCGUCCCCCAGAAGCCUUGCCUUUGUCCUGGACUCCAAUGCCCCCAGGCCCUUGGGCUCCUGGACACUGGCUUCCUCCAGGCCUUUCCAUGCCACCCCCAGUGGUGUACCGCUUGCUAUGCCAAGAACCUACUGUCCCUCUGCAUCCCUUUUCUGACUUUCACCCUGGCACUUCCCUCUGGCUGCCCACUCAUGGACCCCGCCCAACCUGCCCAGGAUCUUGCCCGAUACUGAUGGCUCCUCUUUCCAGAGAAUCCCAAGGGCCCUCUGCCUUGCCCCGCACAUGCUCGACUCUGAUACUCCAGCCCUGUGGCACCCCAGACCCUCUUCUGCUGCAGCCACAGGCGCCUGCAGCCUCUCGCCUAGCCUGGACCUCUGCCCCCUCAGAGCGGCAGCUGCAGCGGGAGGCAGCUGAGGCUCUUGUGGGUCUGAAAGAUUCUUCCCAGGCUCCCCGCCUGACCUCUUCUGUUCCUCCCAACCCUGCCUGGAUCUCCCUGCUCCACCCCUGUGUCCCACCAGCUCCUGCUGGAGGAAGAGGAUUCCAGCCUGUCGGCCCCUCUCUCCGCCCCAGCCCAGCCCCCUCCGUAGCUCUGCAUAUUGGGCAUCUGGGCUCCAUCUCCCUCCUAAGCUAGAAGCCCAGAGGUUGAGACCUCACUUGAGCAAGGGGCAAGAGCCUGCAGUCACUGCAUAUUUGGUAUUUUGCUUCUGGAUUUGUGCGUGGAAUAUAAUAUAAUGCAAGCUUCCGGCUUUUUUCUUUUUUUUUUUAAGCUUUAUUGUGCUUUGUUAGCUUUUGGUUCCUUUUGUAGUGUGGGUAUUUCCUUGACUGAAAGUGGAUAUCCUCUUACCCACUUGGGUCCGGGGACCUUUUUAAAUACCCAACAAAGUGAGAGUUAUGCAAUUUAAGCUAACAAGUAUCUAAAUAGGUUUUUGCAUGAGUUCAUGUUCCAGAAUAUUUGAUAUGUGAUUCUGUACGUACUUGUGCACUUAUGUCUGACUCCAUGCGUGCAAAAACAGGAGGGUAUUUUCAUUUUGUGUCUACGUUUGGGUGAGUAACCGAAAAAUAAACCUUUGUUGUUUUAAGCCA